AUGGCGGGAAAAAUGACUUUGUACAAGGUCGUGGUGCUGGGCGACAGUGGCGUUGGAAAAACAGCCUUGACCAUCCAGCAAUCAUACCGCAAGCAGGUGCAGAUUGACUCACAGUCAUGCAUGCUGGAAGUGCUUAACACCGCAGGCCAAGAAGAAUACAUUGCGGCGCUGCGAGACCAGUGGAUACGAGGCGAGGGCUUCGUACUGGUAUAUAGCAUCUCGUCCCGACGGGUCAAGGCAUCCGGAUCUCCAACAUACCGUGGCUCGCCGCCGAGUGCACCAUCGAAUGGCUCCGGUUUUGGCCUAGCUCCCGUUAUGCUAGUGGGCAACGAAUGCGACAGGGAAGCAAAGCGCGAAGUGUUCACAAAGGAAUGCAGUGCACUCGCCCACUCGCUGGCAUGCGGCUUUGUACAGCGCGCCCGGAAUAGCUCACUCGAAAAGUCCGCGAUGAGCUUGGCGGCCAAAUCACUCCUUCAACGCAGCACGACCUUCCCGUCGCGCCAAACCUUUUCCUGGCGGCCAAAGGGCCGGAUGGAUCUGCUGCUGUGGCUAAACGACAGGCUUGUUACAACGGCGCGUUGGAAGCGAGAGGCAUAAACAGUCUUCAGUCAUAUGGUAGAAACAACCCUGUUUCCGACAACAACGCUUAUACCAUUACGUCGAUUUAUCACAA